AGACGGGAAGGAGUUGAGUUUUUGCCGCGAAGCAUACACGCAGCAACUUCGUCUCCACGCAGGUUUUUUACCUUCAGUUUAUUAGUUUUCUUUCUUUGUGCCGUUUUAAUCCACCGACUGGUUCAACAUGUCCGGCUUCGACGACCCGGGAGUUUACUACAGUGACAGCUUCGGGGGAGGAGAGGGACCCGGCGGCGUGGAUGAAGGCGGACAGAAGCGGAUCCAGAUCAAGAAGCGGUUCCGCGAGUUCCUCCGUCAGUUCAGGGUCGGAACGGACCGAACCGGCUUCACAUUUAAAUACAGAGAUGAACUUAAGCGACACUACACUCUGGGGGAGUACUGGGUGGAGGUGGAGAUGGAGGACCUGGCCAGCUUUGAUGAGGAUCUGUCAGACUGUCUUUACAAGCUCCCGACCGAGAACCUGCCUCUGCUGGAGGAAGCUGCGAAGGACGUGGCCGACGAGGUGACUCGUCCCCGGCCCGUGGGGGAGGAGACGGUCCAGGACAUCCAGGUCACGCUGAAGAGCGACGCGCAUCACGCUUCCAUUCGAGGCCUUAAGUCGGAGCAGGUGUCUCGCCUGGUGAAGGUUCACGGCAUCAUCAUCUCGGCCACGGCGGUGAAGGCGAAGGCCACCAAGGUGUGCCUGCAGUGUCGCGGCUGCCGCGCCGUCAUCAACAACAUCCCUCUGCCUCCGGGCCUGCAGGGCUACGCUCUGCCGCGCAAGUGCAACAAUGAGAACGCCGGCGGCGUGAAGUGCCCCGUUGACCCUUACUUCAUCAUCCCGGACCGAUGCGUCUGUGUCGACUUCCAGACCCUCCGUCUGCAGGAGGCUCCGGAUGCUGUGCCGCACGGAGAGAUGCCUCGUCACCUCCAGCUUUACUGCGACAGGUAUUUGUGUGACCGUGUGGUCCCAGGGAACAGAGUGACCAUCAUGGGUAUCUACUCCAUAAAAAAGAUGGCUGCUGUAAAAGCCAAAGGCAAAGAGAAAGGAGUCGGGGUGGGCAUUCGUGCGUCUUACCUGCGAGUCGUCGGCAUCCAGGUGGACACAGAAGGAGCAGGUCGUGGUGCUACUGGAUCGGUGUCUCCACAAGAGGAAGAGGAGCUGAGAGCUCUGGCUGGUUCUCCUAACAUCUACAACUCCCUGGCUCAGUCUGUGGCUCCCUCCAUCUAUGGCAGCGACGAUCUGAAAAAGGCCAUCACCUGCCUGUUGUUUGGAGGUUCAAGAAAGAGGCUUCCCGACGGUCUCACUCGUAGGGGCGACAUCAACCUGCUGAUGCUGGGAGAUCCCGGCACAGCCAAGUCUCAGCUGCUGAAGUUUGUAGAGAGAUGUUCACCUAUCGGGGUUUAUACAUCAGGUAAAGGCAGCAGUGCAGCCGGUCUGACCGCCUCUGUGCUGAGAGACCCCGCCACCCGUGGAUUCAUCAUGGAGGGAGGAGCUAUGGUGCUGGCUGACGGCGGCGUUGUAUGCAUUGACGAGUUCGACAAGAUGAGAGAAGACGACAGAGUGGCGAUCCACGAGGCAAUGGAGCAGCAGACCAUCUCCAUCGCUAAGGCCGGAAUCACCACCACCCUGAACUCCCGUUGCUCCGUGCUGGCCGCGGCCAACUCUGUCUUUGGCCGCUGGGACGACACAAAGGGCGAGGACAACAUCGACUUCAUGCCCACCAUCUUGUCCCGUUUCGAUAUGAUCUUCAUCAUCAAGGACCAUCACGACCACCAGAGGGACAUGACGUUGGCUCGUCACGUGAUGAACGUCCACCUCAGUGCUCAGACGCAGACGGAGGCCGUUGAGGGCGAGAUCCCAUUGGCCACGUUUAAGAAGUACAUCGCCUAUUCCCGAACUAAGUGUGGUCCUCGUCUUUCUGCGGCGGCGGCUGAGAAGCUGAAGAACAGAUACGUGGUGAUGAGGAGCGGAGCACGAGAGCACGAACGAGAGAGCGACAAAAGACCCUCCAUCCCCAUCACCGUCAGGCAGCUGGAGGCUGUCGUACGUAUCGCGGAGUCUCUGGCGAAGAUGAAGCUGCAGGCGGUGGCUGGAGAAGAAGAGGUGGACGAGGCCCUCAGACUCUUCCAGGUUUCCACUCUAGAUGCUGCGCUGUCGGGCAGCCUCUCAGGAGUGGAGGGCUUCACUUCUCAGGAGGACCAGGAAAUGAUCUCCCGCGUCGAGAAGCAGCUGAAGAGGCGCUUUGCCAUCGGCUCCCAGGUGUCGGAGCACAGCAUCAUCCAGGACUUCACCAAACAGAAAUAUCCAGAGCACGCCAUCUAUAAAGUCCUCCACCUGAUGUUGAGGAGGGGCGAGCUCCAGCACCGCAUGCAGAGGAAAGUGCUCUACAGAGUCAAGUAGAGGAAACUGAGCUCAGAUAGUUGAUGUAAAUAGUUUUUUUUGUUUUUUGCUGUUCUAUCCACCAUUAGAUAAUAAUAAUAAUAAUAUGCUAAAACAAUGAAUAAACAGUGGAAAUGAUGCUUUCUGUGAAGUUAAAAAUGUCUCCAUGUUCUGUUUAAAGAAAAAUAAAGUAUUUCAAGUCGUA